AAUUUCAGCAUGCAGGAAAAAGUGCUGCUGGAUGUGGUGCCUGGUUCGCCUCUUGUUGAUUCAUUGAUGCAAAACGGUAUUGCAGAGCAACAGAAAACAUUUGCUGGAGCUCAUCAGCAAGAAGUAUUUGCCAUUAUCGACUUAAUACCUUUGUUUGCAAGCAGUCAGCAUGAUGUAGAAAACCGAUCUGAAAGAUUUCGAUAUCUGCUUGAUCUAUACCAAGAACAGUCCAGUUUGCUUGAUCCUUUUAUGGCAAUCAUGAUGAAUAAGUUACUAACAUAUAUCAAAUUUCUUGACGGUGGACAAACGAAAAGAUUCGAUGAUGUAUCAAAUGUGGCAUUUGCAUUGCUUGCACAUAUAUCAAAAGUUAGGGGAUACAAGGUGUUCCUUUCAUUGCUACCUCACGAAAUGAAAUAUAUGGAGAAAGUACUUUCUUCACUAGAACGAUAUGUUGAUUCUACAGUGGAUAUGGAUUCCCGGUAUAUACUCCUUCUUUGGAUGGUGAUCUUAUGCAAGAAUCCAUUUGAUUUGAGCAAACUUGAAAGCAAGAGUGGUCGUAAUGUUUUGGAAAGGAUAGUCUCCGUUGUAUUGCCAUAUCUGUAUAUAAAUACUGAUAGGUGUCAGCAUUCUGCUGCUUUGUUACUUUCGUUGGUAGUGUCUCGUGAAGAUGCGCGCAAGAAAUAUUUGAAAAAAUUGGUAGAUCCAUGUAUUUCGGCAAUUGAAAAUUGUGAAGGUAAAUGGUCAAUUGACAAUGAACUCGUUGGUAGUCUCCGUUUGCUUGCAGCAAUUCUUAAAAAGGGAGAACGUGAAGACUUACUGACUGUCGCAAAUCAAGUGUUAAAGGCCUUGCAUCGACUAGGUCACCUUGAAGACUCCGAUUUCACUGUAAAAAAGUUAACGGUCAAAAUUGUUCAGAGAUUGGGAAUGAUAUUUUUUAAGUCAAGGAUUGCAGAGUGGCGCUACGAUAAUGGGAACCAUAAUCUGAAUUUGGAAAGCAAUGGUUUUGCAAAAUAUCGAGAAUUAAGUGCUUUAGAGGAAGAGACUUUUACGGACGAAGUUUAUGAAGUCCCAUAUGCCGAGCUGGAAGUGGUUCUUAAUACAAUUCUAGAAGCAAUGCGUGAUCGGGAUACCGAUAUACGUUGGGCUGGUGCGAAAGGUAUUGGACGGGUUUUAUCUCGUUUGCCGAAAUAUCUUGCAAAUGAUAUACUUUGCAAUAUCAUUAAAUUUAAUUUCAAUUUGCACUCUGGGAAUGCCGCCUGGCAUGGUGGUUGUUUGGCAGUUGCUGAACUCUCAAGGCGGGGUUUUUUGCCCCUAGAAAGACUUCCGGAUAUUGUAAAGAUUCUCCUAAAUGCCUUAAUAUUUGAAGAACCGCAAGGACAUCAUGCCUUGGGAGCUAGUGUUCGAGAUGCAGCUUGUUAUAUAUGUUGGUCAUUGGCUCGAGGUUUUCGUCCAGUGGAUUUAAAAAAAUAUGUUGAACAGAUUACAACAUGCCUUGUUUGUGUAGCUUUAUUUGACAGAGAAGUUAACGUAAGACGAGCUGCCAGUGCAGCAUUUCAAGAAAUUGUUGGUCGGCAAGGUGCAUUCUCAAAUGGCAUCGAGAUAUUGACGAAAAUUGAUUAUUUUGCUGUUGGACAACGUUGUAAAUCUUAUUUAGAGAUCUCAUGUCAAAUAGCAAAAUAUUCGAGGUACACGCGGGCGAUUAUCGAGCACCUCAUGUCUUUCAAGAUAAUUCAUUGGGAUGAAGAAAUUCGCUUGUUAUCUGCGAAAGCACUCGAACGUCUUUGUGCUUUUGACCCAGGUUUUGUUUCCGCUCAGGUUCUUAAAAAAUUAAUGCCACUGGUCAGUAGCGAGUCACUGAUUGUGCGACAUGGAGGUGUUGUUGCACUGGCAUCCACUUUAUCAGGUUUGAAAAAGUGUGGGACGCUGUUGGAUAAGGAGUUGUACGAAAACGUUGCGCAAAUACCCAGUAUAGUCUACCCUAUGUGCAAGAAAAGAACCCGUUCACUUAGUUCUACAUUAAUGCGACGAGCUAUGAACAUUUUCAUCAAGUCAUUAUCAUCUGUGAUACCGAAAGAGAUUUUAAAAAUUGAUGAUUGGCUUUGUUGUUUGGAACUGAACUUUUGUGACGAAAAUGGAGAUAUUAGAAAAGGAGCAUGUCAGGCAGGAGCAGCUUUCUUCAAACUUUACAUCGACAACUCAAGCGCCGAAUUUUUGAUGCUUCGAAUUCGUCAAAUUUAUUUGCCGCAGGUAGUUACUGCCAAAGUGGAAUCGGAUAGAGAAGGGACAGCAGCUCUUCUGAGUGUAAUUCCAAGUGAAGUGUUGUUGCUCUCAACGUCAUCCGAUUCUUUCGCUGCUGAAAUAAUUCGUACACUUAUGUUUACAAUCAGUGGAUCUAGUGCAUUGGAUGCAACCUGGGCUUAUGGGCGACGCUCUUGUGUGGAAGCUAUUACGUGCAUUGUCGAUUCAAUUGGGGUUGAAUCGGUGGGCAACAUUGCUGAACUCCUUGAUUGUCUCAUCAAUUCUUUGGACGAUUAUACAAUGGAUAAAAGGGGUGAUGUUGGAAGAAUUUUGCGUGAGGAAGCGAUGAGGGCGCUUGCAGUUAUUCUGCCUCUUGCACAAAAUUGUUCGAAUGUUGUUGGUCGUAUUUCUGAAGCAAUUUGUAAAAUAAUUCAGCAAUCUAUCGAGAAAAUUGAUGCAACUCGUGAGUGCGCUGCUUUGGUAAUGAAGAAAAUCUUGCAGUCAGGGCUAGAAGGUAUUCAGGAAGAAGAAAUUCUGAGAAAAAUUUAUUUGGUUAAUGGUUCGAAUAUGGAUUGGAGAUCGCCAUCUUGCUUCAAACGAUUAGCUUUGCUGUUGAGGAGUCCUUAUUACAGAUAUUCCGCCUUAAGUGGAUUUAUUAUAUCUGCUGGCGGUGUUACGGAGUCUACGAUGCGAGGCGCGUCUGAUGCUUUGCUUUCGGUGAUUUCUGAUAUUCGUGGAUCACGACAAGAACUGGAAAUUUUUCUUCAAUGCUUUGCAUCCAUUUUAAUCAAUAAUGCUGACUUACUGCGUGUAACUCAACCUCUGUUUCGCACAUUAGAACAGAUUUUAUCAGCACAGCUUCUAGAAUGUUUUGAAGCAGAUCCGGAUUCCUCACCUUCUCUUCGGAAAAUUGUGGAUCGUGUCGCGAUUGAGGCGACAGUUAAAGGAAGUGCACAAAAGGUCAGGAUAUGUAUUUCAGUAUUAUGCCAUUUCUUGCAUUUCAGUUCAUCUAGUCUAGUGUGGCAGAAAUCUGCUUCGUUGGUUGUUCGCACCUUGCGAUCCCGUUAUCCCAUAAUGCGUCGUAAUGCAGCGGAACAGCUUUAUGAAUGUUUAGUCUCCGAAUGUGAUAGCAGCAGUGAAGCGGAAAGAAAUAAGCGCUUGGAACUGCUGAAUUUACUUUCAGAAACAAAGUGGAAUAUUAGUGGUAAUGAGCAGUACUUCGUAAAAGUCAGCCGUUCAGUUGCUGAAAUGUUAAAUGUAAUUUGUUGAUAUUUAAAUAUUUAUUGACCAUAGUAAUCAUUCGUAUUUGAGUUUUUAAAACACUGUUUGCACAGGUUUAUGGUUUUAUAACAAACACCCUCAAAAAAUGCCUCCAGAUGGAAAGAAAUUGAGUGUAAUUGGAACAUCCAACAUGUUU